AUUAUAGUUCUUCAAUACGCAGAAGGUGGAAAUUUUAAUGAUUGGAUAAAAAACAAUUAUAAAUGUUUUAACUGGUUGAAUAAAUUAAAGGUAUUAAAGAAUAUUGUUAGUGACCUUAAAGAAAUUCAUCAAAAACAAAUGGUACAUCAUGAUUUGCACACUGGAAAUAUUUUAUUUGAUGACAUUUUUAUGAUUUCUUCAAAUAUUAAUGUAUAUAUUUCAGACAUGGGGUCGUGCAAAGAAGUUGAUAAUGUAGAUAAAACAAGUGUUUUUGGAGUUAUGCCUUAUGUAGCACCUGAAGUAUUAAGAGGAAAACCUUAUACUCAAGCAGCAGAUAUAUAUAGUUUUGGGAUGGUUAUGUAUUUUGUAGCAACAGGAAAACAACCUUUUGCUAAUUAUGCCCAUGAUGAACUUUUAGCAAUAGAAUUAUGUAAAGGAACUAGACCUGAAAUAAAUGAACCCAAGGCACCAAAAUGUUAUCUUGACUUAAUGAAAAAGUGUUGGGAUCCUGAUCCUAUCAAUAGACCAGAUGUCACUGAAUUAGAAGAAUCUAUU